AUGGACCUUUCAAAAACAUUAUUUGUAUUACCACCAACAGAUGAUAAGUUUUUAUGCACCUAUCAUGGGGGUUUAAUGGAUAUACCAAUCGAAAAUAAUUGUUCACAUUGUUUUUGUUCAUUUUGCAUUGAAUCGUUAACAUGUUGCCCAGUAGAUGGAUGCGAUAUUAGUGAUACCUGCGUAAAUAAUCAAUUAAAAGACGAAAUCGAUCAGUUAUUAUGCUAUUGCCAAUAUGGUGUCGAAGAAAACCCAGUAACUGGAGAAAUCACUACUAAAAUUAACGGUUGCAGUUGUGUAAUUAGCUAUGGAUCAAAAAUUGCACAUGAAUCCGUAUGCAAGUAUAAUCCAGUAAAUGAAAAGUCACCAUCACUCAGUUAUCAAGAUUUCUAUGAAAUGAAAAUGUCUGGAUCUGGUUCAUUAUCAAACUUUUCUUCACCAGUUGACACAAGUCCUAAAUCUAGUAAUUCAACAUCAAAAUCACCAUCAUUUGAAUUUAUGUCUUCACCAGACUUAAAUAAUAACAACACUACUUCAACAAAUAAAUUUAUCAAUAAUAAUAACGAAAAUAAUGAUUAUUUCGAUAAUAAUGCAUUGUGGGAAUCUAGUACAAGUUUAUUCUUUUGUAAUAGAUUUUGCCCAAAUAAAGAUUUAGGUUGUUGCUAUACCGGUAAAACUGAACAAGAUAUAAACUAUCAUUUACAAAUCGAAUGCUAUUGCCAAAAAAUGAAAGAAAAAAUUUAUGAUUUAGAAAAAAUGGUUGAAGAACAAGAACAAAAAAUUAAACAAUUAAAAUCUUCAGAUUCAAAAUUAAAUGUUUUAGAAAAUUUAUCAAUAACAAAUGAUCAAAAUAAUCAAGAAACUAAAAAUAAUAAUAACAACACAAACAAUAACAUUUCAAAUAAUACCAAUAAUAAUAGCAAUAGCAGUUCAACAAAUAAUAAGAGCUAUCAACAUAUCAAUGACGAAGAUGAAAAGAAAUCAAAUAAUAAGCAGAUUCAGACAUACAACUUUGGUAAAAUCUUUGUUCUUCUCUUCAAUGUUUUAAAGAAAGGUAUCAAAAAGAGUAUCAAGAAGGUUAAGAAGCUCUUCAAAAGAAAAAAUACUGGUCCAUAUAAAAAUUUUAUAAAGAUUAAAUAG